AUCGGACGAGAUAUGCCUCUAGGCAGUGAGCUAAGCCCAGCUCUCUAGAAGCAUGCUCGAAGGUUUCAUGGUUAAUAUCUAGUAAUUGGCUACAAAUGCGUCGAUAAAUUGUCUGAGCCGUCGACUACAUAUUUCUAGGCUCCUGCCUGAUAGUUACUACGGAGAACAUUCCGUGUUCAUGAAAUAGACCAUGGGGCCUUCUCCGAGCUUUGCGAAGACCAUCCUCGUACCGGCCUUCAUCUCCUUAUCGAUAUACCUUCUCUUCUCCUUCCUGAUCAUCCCAUUCUUCCGGCGCUACCAUCAGCGAUAUGCGCAGUAUCUGCCAUUAGACGCUAUCUCGGCGCACUCCAGGUCUCUUCGCGACCGCAUCAGCGAUAGGGUAAUGCGGUUUUUCCUACCAUCGUCGUGGCAGUCUCAGUCGCAUCUGGAUAUCGACCGAACGGAUAAUAUUAGCAUCUAUGACGAAGAAGGCGAGAUCAUGGUGGGUAUGGAUAUGGACCGCGCAAGGAGGGAGGCCCUGGAGAGACGGCGUAGUACGGCUGCCGAGACUGAGAGCCGGCUGAGUCGAGACCUGGAGGAGGGUUUCAUGGAUGACAGCGACGAUGAACCGGAGAUUGGCCACAAUCCGGAGAUCCGUCGCUGACUGCCUCGUUUCUCUCCAUUGAUGUGAAUAAUAUUCUUUUUUUCUUCUUCCAUUCUUUCCCCUCCUGGUUUUGCAUGCGGAGUGGCGUUUGGAUGGGUUUGCAUUUUUAUACCUUUUUCUAACGUCUCGUCACCUGGGGGCUUUUUUGAGUAUACAAUCGAGUGGUUUGUAU